CGGUGAGGGCGCCUGCGCGCACGGGGAGGAUGGUUGAGGGGGGGAUGUGGAGGGUUCCGGGGCCGAGCUGGAUCACGGGCUCGGAGGUCGAAGGAGGGAUGACUGAGUCGAGCGGGAUCGGGUCGCCGGGAAGGACGACGCCUAUUUGUGUGGCCAUUUUGGUGGAGAUGAGGUGAAGAUGAGGUGAAGAAGUGAAGAUGAGCAAAGUGAAGAUGAGGAAGAAAAAGCUCAAAACACGUGCGGCGCGCGAUGAGAGCCACCUUCUCUCCUUCUGAUCAACGACUAUCUACAUUCACAUCUCCACAUCCACACACCAGCACAAUGCAGGUCGAAGUAGACCCGACCGAAGACACAGAAUGGAACGACAUCCUGCGCUCGCACGGCAUCAUCCCCGAACGCCCGCCCUCGCCCUCGGUCGCGAUCGAAGAAGCUCUCGGCCGCGCGCUCGAGUCCGCAGAGCAGCACCGCUACUCUGACAAGUCCGACUCCGAGCUCGACGACCUGCUCGCAGACGACCCCGAGGGCGACGAAGCAGAGUCAGAGUUCAUCGCUAGUUACCGCGCAAAACGCCUCGCUGAGCUACAAUCCCUGCAGGCCCGCGUCGCUGCCUCAAAUUUUGGCGCGGUCCUCCCGGUCGCGAAACCAGAGUACCAGGCCGAAGUUACCGACGCCAGCAACAAAUGCUUCGUCUUUGUCCACCUCUCGCUGCCAACGAACACGCAGUCAAAGCUCCUCGCCGCCCUCUUCGACCGCGCCGCAAAGACCUUUCCCGAGGUCAAGUUUGUGGAUAUCCAGGGCGCGCGCGCAAUCGAAAACUACCCGGACCGCAACUGUCCUACUCUCCUCGUGUACAAAGACGGCGAUGUGAAGAAGCAGUACGUCACGCUCGCGCUCGUCGGCGGAAACAGCAUGCGCAUCGACGAUCUCGAACGGAUCCUCGUCGACGUGGGUGCGGUGAAGGAGUCUGAUCGCAGACUGUCUGAUAUCAAGCGGGCGCGGGAUAAGAAGCUGCAGGGCGAUGCUUACUAUGACAGCGACGACGAGCGCAAUAACGCGGACGACGAGGACGAUGAUCUUGAUGAUUGAGUUAUAUCUAAUAUUUGUACUAUAUUUGUAUAACUGUAUCAAAUUAAGAAGAAUAUGAAAAGGAAAGGAAAAGGAAAAGGAAAAAUGCAGCGUAGCUCAUAAUAAAUAGAAACCUCAAACAGAAAUCAACAUCGAGAGGAGAGGUGUACAAUAAAGCAAUCCAUCUUUGACUGAAUAUCAGAAGAAAAAGAAAAAAACAAUUACAAUGGCAAAUCAUAACAAACUAAACUGAACCCAGAACACCGUUACUUUGAGCUUAGAUUCCGACGCCCGCCUUCAAAAUACAAGUAUCCUUCAUACGCGCCAAUAUAAAAAGAGAAAAGUGGAAAAAAAAGAGAGAAACAGGAAAUAUAUAGUAAAAACCAAUCAGAUGUCACUUCUCAAAAAGA